AUGGAUAAAGAGAGAAGUGUUUACAGAGGUGUGGAUGCAGUUGACAUUAGCCGGUCCCCUCAUAGUCGGCAACGUCUUGCAAUUCUGCCUACAACUGAUCUCAGAUAUAUUGGGACGGGAAGUGCACUCGACACACUAUGUGGGCAAGCUUAUGGAGCGAAGCAGUAUCAUAUGCUCAGUGUACAUAUGCAGAGAUCCAUAAUUGUGCUUCUACUAUUGAGCAUUCCCCUUGCUUUUGUUUUGACUUUCACAUACAAUAUCCUCACUGCCAUGGGCCAAGACAUAGAGAUAUCGAAAGAAGCAGGGGUUUAUGCUAGAUGGAUGAUACCAGGCCUCUUUGCGUUUGCUCUUCUUCAGUCGUUGACUCGAUUCAUGCAAGCCCAAAGCAUUGUUAUUCCAUUAAUGGCAAGCUCUGGAAUUACAACUCUAUUACACCUAAUUUUAUGUUGGUCUCUUGUUUUUAAGUCUGGUUUGGGUAGUAAAGGUGCAGCAUUAGCCACUUCUAUUUCUUAUUGGAUCAAUGUAGUUCUUUUAGCUCUCUAUAUCAUGCUUUCCACUGCUUGCAAGGAGACCUGGACUGGGCUUUCAACGGAAGCUCUGAAGGAUCUUGGACAUUUCUUGAGACUAGGGUUCCCUUCUACAGUAAUGGUUUGCUUGGAGACCUGGUCAUUCGAUAUGAUUGUUAUCUUAUCUGGUCUUCUUCCUAAUCCAAAGUUGGAAACAUCAAUACUGUCAGUAAGGUGA